CCAGUGGCAGGACUUGUCCCAGCAACAGUGGGGCAAAGCAUCGCUUGGCCAACAGCUCUAGUGCUGUGAUGGUGAAGAGAUGCCACUGUCACUUUUGUCCUGUUGACUCUGCUGGAAGAACAGGCAUACCCUGUCCUGUUACGCUCAUCUCCAUGGGUAUAAUCAAAAGGACAGGCAGCUUGAUCUAUCCAAGAAAAAUGGCAUCUCCUACUCCAAAAAUCUCCAAAUAAAACAGGUACCAGAAAGGCUCUGAUAGAAAUCAUGGUGUGCUUUUAGGAGCAAUGCCUGAGCUGUAGUUUUUAAUAGGAUUGUUUAUUAUAGUAGUUAUUUAUAUUGCAGCACUGCUCCUGGCCUGCUGCUCGGUUCAGAUGUGCCUGAGUACCCCCCAUAUUGCUCUGCCAUGCCUUGGGGCCAGCAGAGAGGCUGGCUGCCUUUCCUUCCUGACAUGUGAGCGGAGGGAGGGGCCUGUGGGACCUCUGUACAGCCAGGGACAAGCUGGAUGUGUUGGCUUUUUGUUUUUUUAAGUCAUUCUGAGACUUUUGAGUUCACUCUUUCCUGCAGCAUGUGAAAGGUUAAGUCAUGUUUUCUGAUACUCAAAGAACAAUCAGCACUGCAAUUCCAUGAAUCGCAGAACCACAAGAAGUGCAGCUGCCCUCCCUACUUCCAGUUUCCCUUCUUUACUGUAACCUUCCUGGGACCUUUGGCUUCUUCCCUACUGAGUGCACAGUGGGGGGACCCACUGUGGGAUUUGGGGGAGGAAACAUUUUGCUGAUCGGGGGAGCAAUGGCCUUAAGCUUGUAUGUAUUUCCCUUCUUCAAUAAGUUCAGAGUGCUCCUGCUUGUCACUUUGUGUUUGCUGGUGCUAUGGGCUGUGUUCAGUUGCUUUGUGGAUUCUGGACAGACUAUUCCUAAACUCAAAAGUGUGGGGAAGCAUUUUGGAAAAAUCAUCAGCCUGGAGGAGGAAGAGGACAGUCAGAAGGAAGAAAAGAUGAAGUUAACUGAAGGAGUUCCUGCAACAAAGCCACCUCAGGGUCCCUGUCCAGCUCUGUCUCCAUAUCUGCGAGGUACCAGCAAACUGACCUUCAGUCCAUCUCUCACACUAGAAGAAGUACAAAAGGAGAACCCUCAGGUGGCCAAGGGCCGCUAUCACCCUGCAGAGUGUUCAGCAUUGCAGCGUGUGGCCAUCCUCAUCCCGCACCGCAAGCGUGAGAGGCAUCUGCUCUACCUCCUGGAGCACCUGCACCCAUUCCUGCAGAGGCAGCAGCUGGAUUAUGGCAUCUACGUUAUCCACCAGGCUGGCAGCACCACAUUUAAUCGAGCAAAACUGCUGAAUGUGGGAUACUUAGAAGCUCUAAAAGAAGAGAACUGGGACUGUUUCAUUUUCCAUGAUGUGGAUCUGGUGCCAGAGAACGACUUCAAUAUUUACAUGUGUGACAGACAACCAAAGCACCUUGUAGUUGGCCGGAACAGUACUGGAUACAGGUUACGUUACCGGGGAUAUUUUGGAGGUGUAACAGCUCUAACAAGAGACCAGUUUUCCAAGGUGAAUGGAUUCUCUAACAACUAUUGGGGUUGGGGUGGAGAAGAUGACGACCUUCGAAUCAGGGUUGAGAUGCAGAAGAUGCGAGUGAUGAGGCCAGCUGCUGCUGUAGCCAGGUACACUAUGAUCUCCCACAGCCGUGACCUUGGCAAUGAGGAGAACAGACAGAGGAUGAAGCUUCUGCGCCAGGUAUCUAAAAAGUGGAAAACAGAUGGGUUGAAUUCCUGUUCCUAUAGACUGCUGUCAGUGGAACAUAACCCUUUAUACAUCAACAUCACGGUAGAUUUCAGCGUGCAGACAAAGACCUCAAAGGGGUGAGCACCACACAGGUUUUAGGAAAUGGCAACG